CGGUUGUGUGCGGUUGUGUGCGGGGUCCGCUCGGGGUCCGCUCGGUGUGGUCAUGCUGCCCUGCCCCGCCAGCCCGGCCCGCACACAGGAGCGGGGGGAGGCCGAGCCGACACCCACAGGGGAAAUGAAAGAGGAGUGUCAGCGACUUGUUCGUGAGCGGGAUGAGGCCGAGUGUCGCCUGAAACAGAUCAAGCGAGUUUCUCAGAUGGUCUUAGAAGAAGUUAAUGCUCUGCACACCCAGCUGGAAAUCGAGAAAUCCUGUCGAGAGAAUGCUGAAGUCUUAGCCACAAAGCUCAGUCAUGAAAACAAGAAGCUGAAGUACCUGAGCCUGUCGCGGCCAUGCCUCGAUGAGCUUCUUCCCAGUAUUUCUGACUGCACUGCCACAGAGGAGGAGCCGCAGGACAUCAGUCCUGACCCGUACAGUCAGUAUCAGCAGCAGGUCAAAGAUCUGCAGGAGACUGUCACACAACUGUUGGAGGAAAAGAAACAGCUGACUGGCCAAUUACAGGAGCUGCAGAGCAACAUCGAAGAACUGACUGCCAGACUGGAGAAAGAACAGGCUGAGAUGACAGAGCUGCGAAAUGUGUUGGAAAAACAAACCAAAACCAUAAAAAGUAUCAACAGAGUUUCUGUGAUGGCUACACAGGAGUACGAGGAGCUUAGACAGCAGCUGGAGCUGGAGCAGAACCUGAGGCAAAAAGCCGAAGCCUUUGCCCAUGAGAUGCUGAUUAAGCAAAAGGAAGCAAAUCGCCAAAGUGCAAUCCUUCUGCACCAGGCAGACCCCAGCAUUCAGCUGUUGAAGGCACUGGAGGAAGUAGCCAAUAUCACUAAGAUGUUGGAGGAAGAACGACUCCAGCAUCAGAAGCAGAUUAAGGAGCUGGAGUCUCACCUGGAUGAGACGGCCCUGCAGAAGGAAUUGGGCACUGUACAGAGACAACUGGAGUUAGUGGAAGAAGAGAGAAGAGAGACUGAGCAGCGUGUACAACACAUGGAACAGAGAAACUUUGAGCUGGAGAACAAAGUGCAAGAACUGGAGAAACUGAAACUUCAGAUGGCUGAGUUGGCUCCCUCGACAGCUCCCCCUCCCCCUCCUCCGCCAACCCCUCCCCCUCCUCCUCCACCUCCUCCCCCACCACCCCCGCCUCCCCUCCCAGCCACACGUUGCAAUCCUAUAAGUUCCCUUAUUGCUAUAGUGCGCAGAUCAUCCAAGAACUCUAAGAUGCCACCAAAACAUGAACCCAGCAAAGACCAGCCUGGCAUUGAUGAUGUGAAGGUGAAAGCAGUCAACGAAAUGAUGGAGCGGAUUAAGCAUGGGGUCAUGCUGCGGCCAGUGACCCAGAUUUCAAAGAGGAAAAUUAGCAUCAAGCCCCCACCAUUGGAGGAGAAGACACAGGAAAGCGCCAUGGAAGAACUGAAGGGCAUCCUGGAUUCCAUGAAGAAGAGCCCAAGUCGAGGGUUUCCUGACAUAAGUCACAACAAGACAGAGAACGAGCUGGAGGCUGUUCUGAGAAGGAGACGGAAGCAAACCUCGGAUUACCAUUCAAGAGAUGGAUAUGAAGCUGAGGCCAGUGAGGUUAACUCUUCCAAAUCCCUCAGCCUGAAGGACAGUGAUGAGCAAGGAAGUGAAAACCUGGAGCCCAGCCCCGUGGGACUGCAAAAGGCUUUAGCCAUGGAAGAGGCCCAGAAAGAACAGGGUAGCAAGUCCCCCAGAAGCUCCAAGGAAAUGAAGAGGAAGUCUUCAGCAAAGGAGGAGAAUGGUCAACCCCAAGGCAUUCUUAUCACCAUAAGCACCCCGUCAGAUUUGCCUGACCAAAGAACAGCACCUGCUCAGAACCAUAACAAAUCUGAGAGUCAAAGCACAAUUCAUGAAUGCACCGAUGCAGACUGUUAACGGUAGUAGAGAGAUGGUGAUGUCAAGGUGUUGGAUGAAAAUGUCAGCGAUCUCGCUUUUCCCUCCCAUUUAACAAAUGGGGUUUAACUCAAAAUGUUGGAAAGUGUGUCCAAUGGUUAGGACUGAACCAAAAGGCUCAGUCCUCCAAUCCAACUCAAAGAUGUUGGAAGCUUUAUCAGGUGGAAACUGACCUCUCACAGCCUCAGGGUUUGACCUUCCUGUUGCUGAUGCACUUGACAUCACUGUCUCAUUUGAGAAAGAUUUUUAAAAAAAUGCAUUUGGAAAAAAAAAUCUAUAUAAGGGUCUCAGUAGAGGUCUGUUAAUGUCUUGUGGUCCUCACACAAAAAAGUUUUAUUUCUGUUCAAUAAUAAUUUUGUUUAAUUUCUUCACAUUUCCUGCCCAGAUGUGGUCAGCAAACAACUUCCUUAGCACCUACCUGCACAAGUCCUGAAUAGAGCAGCAGCAACUCAGGCUUAGUUGGUAAAUUCACUGGCCAUUGGAAAAUUAAGUCAAACAAAGUAGAAAAGUUCCAGAUUCAGUCUAUACCUAGUUAGCUGAGAAUUGGAGUUCCAGUUGGAAAAUUCUAAUUAUUUACUACCGAGACCGCAAUAGACGGCUGGCUUGCUUCCGACAUUCCAUUGCUAGGGAUUAAUGGGCAGGAUAAUAAUAAUAAUAAUAAUAAUCCUUGCAUUUGAUAUAGCGCUUUUCACGUCGGGAGGACGUCCCAAAGCGCUUCACAGAAUAGACUGUAAAGUGAAUUGACUGUAUAUUUGUGGGUGAACGCGGCAGCCAAUUGCGCACAGCAAUGUCCCACAAACAGUCGUAGAUUGAAAAUGACCAAUUUAUUAUUGCUUUGUUUUUUGGAGGGAUUAUUAUUAGGCGUGUGGAGUAAGGAAACUUGCCCAAGGAUAGAAGGGAUAAGAGAGAAUGAGACUCGAUUUUUACUCCUGGAUUGCUAUCCACUGAUCCCCUGAUGAAACGUGUGCUUGGACAUCAAGUGAGGUUAGGAUGAGAUUUUCCAAUCAUCGGCAUAGAUCCUCAUAAAGUUACUGCACUUGGUGGCAAGCAAAGUGUUUCAGCCUGUGUGCUAACUUCCUAGCUGCCACUAAUUUAUGCAGCACAUGUGGGAAAGCCUUCUUUCUUCUUUCCCAACAGUCUUGCUUUGUCAUUUAAGAGAACAUUCCUGUCUUUCCAUUCUCUCUCUCGAACACCCCAUUGGUUUUCAUUCAGACUGAAUCUGGAGCUGUUAUUAUCCGAAGAUGUUUGUAUUGCACUCGAAUGAUUUUGGAGGGCAAAUUAGUUGAGCUUGAUGUGUUGUGAGGGAGAUUACCUGGUUCUCUCUCUGCACACCGUCUUUGUAAUACAAUGAUGGGGGAGGAGGAGACAACACUGUUGAUGGCAAACACGAUAGUUCAGGGUGUUCACAAAGUCUUGUUUAAGCCCAUUUUGAUUUCUAACUGACCAACAACUGAAACGUGGAAGAAUGGUGAUAAUUGUAUUUAGAA